ACAUUGGACUUCAAAAUUGACCCAAAACACCAUACAACGUAGAGAGAGCCUGAGGAGGGAAGAAGCCGGCAAUUUGGACCGUUUGCGUAUCGUGAAAUACCAGUCAACCGUUAAACACCACCGCCCCCAACUGCAAGUGCCUCUUCUUUAUUGACUUCUAUCUUCUCCCUUCUCUCUCUUUCGUAUUUGUUUUUGUUAGUUAAAGCACCAAACUUUUAAUGACUAUGACACCACCACACCACCACUACCAGCAAAUCCAAAUAUAAAUACAAAAUCAAGGUUUUGCUUUUCAUUUUCAUGCCCAAAGUCAUUCAUGAAGCCACUGAAAGCAUGACUCACCUCUGCCGGAAAGUGGUCCGUGUAAAUAUCAAGUGGAGUAUACUGGACAGAGUUUCUAUUUUCCGGAGGUUUUUUCGCUUCAUUUGGGAUAGAAUUCUUGUUUGUUCUGUUGGAAAUAAUAAGCCUGAUCAUUUGGGUUACCGGAAACUCACUGGCCGGGCGUCUUCUCCGGCGCCGGAUACCGUCGAAGCUGGCCUGGAUCACCUUUCCAGGACCUCUAGUAGUGGGUCUGAAACGGAUUCCGAUUUGGUUUCUUUGAAGAUCAGCCUGUUGGGUGAUUGCCAAAUUGGAAAAACAAGCUUUGUGAUUAAGUAUGUGGGAGAUGAAGCACAGGAGAAAUGUUUAGAGAUGACAGGAUUAAAUCUGAUAGACAAAACAUUGGUGGUUCAAGGAGCUAGAAUUGCUUUCAGUAUAUGGGAUGUAGGAGGUGACAGUAGCUCUCAUGACCAUGUUCCCAUUGCUUGUAAAGAUGCAGUAGCAAUUUUGUUCAUGUUUGAUCUCACCAGCCGCUGUACACUUAACAAUAUUGUUAAAUGGUAUAAUGAAGCAAGAAAGUGGAAUCAGUUUAUUUAUAUGCAGACAGCUAUUCCCAUAAUUAUUGGCACCAAAUUUGAUGAUUUUGUGAGACUCCCACCAGAUUUGCAAUGGACCAUUGUAACCCAGGCAAGGGCAUAUACAAGGGCAAUGAAGGCGACCCUUUUCUUCUCAAGUGCCACAUAUAACAUCAAUGUCAACAAGAUCUUCAAAUUUAUAAUGGCCAAGCUGUUUAACUUGCCGUGGACGGUAGAGAGAAACUUGACCAUUGGAGAGCCAAUUAUCGAUUUCUGAGUGUAUAUAUUUUUCUAACAAUUGGCGAUUGGAGAGCCAAUUGUAGUGGGUAGUCUAAUAUAUUAUAUGUGAAGUUCUUUCAUGGGCAUAUAUUCCAAAUUCUUUCCGUUUAAAAUAUGCCUUCAACUGAAAGUCUUUCUCAAUCAAAAUUUUGACUUCAAAGACUCAAUCAAUUAACUUGGACUUUGAUGAACCA